CCUUCACAUGUCACCAGUUCACCAAUGGCUCGCAAAGGACAGAUUGCUUCUGCACGUCUCACGCUGUUACCAUCCACAGCAGUAUUUGUGUCAAGCUGAUGGCUUCCGGACCCCGGUAGCCGAGGUCCGAGCACCUUAAAAGCUCUAUUCAACUAUCAUGCGCUGGCAGAAGCGCGAAUUUAUAACAGUGAACCUUUAGGUUGUUUCUCAUAACUCAUGUUACUGUCCCAAGCAUGCGGAAUUGGAAUCCUCUCGGUUGUUCUCUGGAAAUUCUUUGGAGAACUGUUGAGAAAACCUACCAUCGACUUGAAUGGUCCUAAGAAGGACCACUGGCUGACAGGUAAUUUCUCCAAAAUGUUCAAAGGUGGCAUCGACUACUGCGUGGAACUUGCUGAAAAAUAUGGCGGAGCAGUCAGGCUGUUCGGUCCAUUUCGAACUGGAGAAGUGAUAUUUCUAUCUGAUCCCCUCGCGCUGUAUCAUGUUGUUGUAAAAGACCAGCAUAUAUUCGAAGAACCUGAUAUGUUCAUCUCAACUAACAAGGCGAUGUUCGGAGAAGGUCUAAUAGCCACUGUCGGGGAGCAGCAUCGGAAGCAACGCAAGCAGUUUAAUCCUGUCUUUUCUACUUCCAAUACGCGAGAAUUAUUGCCCACGUUGCAGUCCAUCGCGCACAAACUAACCUCUAUCCUCGUAGCUAAGCUCCCGGAUGAUGGGUCGUACAAAGAGGUUGACAUCUUGCCGUGGCUAUCUCGCAGUGCACUCGAUAGUGUCUGCCAGGCGAUUAUUGGUUAUCCAAGCAAUACUCUAGAAGCUACGGAAAACGAUGAGUACCCUGAAGCCCUCCGGAUGAUAGGCCCCUUAAUAUCAAGGUUCAUAUAUUUCCGGCCAUCCGUGGCAAUAGUUAUGCGCAAUUUCUCACCGUACUGGAGGACGAAACUUCUGGAUUGGAUAACAGCACCUUGGAUACCUACCGAAACAAUGAAGGAUGUGCGAGAGAUGCGACGAGUCGUUGAAAUCAUGGACCGCGGUAGCAAGAAAGCUUUCGCAGAGAAAAAGGCGACGUUGGAGACUUCAGAUACUUCAUCCUCAGGCCAGGGGAAAAAUAUGAUGGAUAUCAUGCUCAAAGCAAACUUUGCGUCUUCCAGUUUAGAGCGCCUCGCCGACACCGAGUUGUUGGGCCAAAUGAACGUUAUGGCGUUUGCUGGCUUGGACACAACCACCUCUGCUCUGUCUCGUUGUGUUUACUUACUUGCCAAGAAUCCACUCGCCCAAGCACGAUUGAGGAGUGAAAUUCGUGAUGCCGUCAGGUCCAUGUCUCUCGCACAGAAUGACUCCUCGCUUUUCGAGCAUGACAAUCCACUCCUUCAUUUGUCGUACGAUGCGCUAAUAAAUCUCCCGUUCCUCGAUGGAAUAGUCAGAGAGACCUUGCGGCUUUAUCCUCCUUUCCCACACAUGGCCCGAAACGUGAACAAAGCAACUACGCUUUCCCUUCAAUUUCCAGUUCGUUCGUCAUCCGGAGCAGAACUGUCUGCUAUUGUUGUACCUGAAAAUACUGUCAUUCUCAUCUCCAUUUUGGCUGCAAAUCGUAAUCGAAGUAUAUGGGGUGAUGAUGCAAAUGAGUGGAAACCUGAGCGAUGGCUUUCUUCCUCGGGUAGAAAGGACAGGCCAGGGACGGAUGUUACCUUCGAUGGUGUCGAGGCAAGGUCAUCCGUACCCGCCCUUGGGGUAAAAGACGGCGUCAGGUAUCCCGGUGUUUACUCCAACAUGAUGACCUUCCUCGGCGGCAGUCGCUCCUGCAUCGGGUUCAAGUUCGCUGAAAUGGAAAUGAAGGAAAUACUUGCAGCGCUCAUCCUUCGUCUGCAUUUUGCGCUCCCAACUGAUCCAGACGCCAACGGACACAUCAAAGAAAUUCAGUGGAAGUUGAAGGCAUUUCACACACCCGUUGUGAAGUCACCAGCUGGAGACGGGGUGACACCACAGGUCCCACUUAAUGUCCGGGUGGUGCGAGAGGAAGAUUUUGUGUGGUAGAAUUGUGCUAGGAAUCCGCGCCCACCCAGACAGAGCGCGAAGUACUCUACUUACAUGGUGUUACACCGCAGUCCUACUUACGAACCGACCAGUCCUCCAAGGAUUGCUAUUUUAAUCAAG